AUCCAAAGUAAGAUCACAGAAUCAGUUAUUUGUGAUAGCAUCGAUGAUCAUCUAGACAAAGUAAUAAAAAGAAAUCAGUGGGGUUUCAGAAAAGGUUUCUCCACAAACUCCCUAUUGCUAGAUAUUAUAGAGAUGUGGAAAAGAAAUCUGGAUAAAAGAAAUGUGGUUUGUACAGUUCUCAAUGGAUCAUUCAAUUUUGAGUUACAAGAUGGAUGCUCGCGGUUUACAUGGUAAAUUGAAAGACUGGAUUCAAAGUUACCUCGUUGAUCGAAAACAAUUUGUUGUAGUGUGGGAAAAGAUCUGGCCUUCAAAUACUGCCCUAUGGUGUCCCACAGGGAUCCCUCUUGGGACCAAAGCUAUUUCCGAUCUUAGUAAAUGACUUACCUGACUGUAUAUCAAAUGGUGAAAUCCACCUCUAUGCUGAUGACACGACAGCAUUCGUUAUUGGAAAGAAUGAAGAUGAGGUAGUACCUCUACUUAACAUUAUAUUCUCAGAAAUUAGCAAAUAGUGUAAUAGAAACAACCUCACAAUUCAUCCAACUAAAUGCAAAGUCAUGCUAAUCUCAAGAAAGAGCUUCACUGGCCCAUUGAAACCUGUCAAAUGGGGAAACAAAUGUCUAGAGUAUACGGAUAAAGUAAAAGUACUUGGAAUAUAUAUUGACAACAAACUGACUUGGAAAAUACAUAUCAAAGAGGUAACUUAAUCAUUUAAUGCACAGUUAAAGUCUCUUAAAAGAAUAUCCUAUCUGUCAACAAAGAAAUUGGAAAGUAUCUAUUUUAAGUUGAUUAUACCGCACAUUAAUUACUGUAUAUCUGUAUGGGGAAACUGUUCAACCUCUCCUUCUGAAACCAAUGAAGCAUUGCAUGUAAAAGCUGCGAGAUUAAUCCAAAGACUUCCUUCUUCUUUAGAAGAUCAUGAUGUAACAAAGCGUGGCAGAACAUUCGCAAUAUCUGUAAAGAGACUUGCUUUAGAAAUAUUUCAAAUUAUGAACUUUGAUGGAUGUCUCACAUUAUCUCAUAUGUUCAAACAAGUAAACUCUCUUAGAAAAGGCAAACUAAUCGAAAUGAAAACAACAACUUCAGAGUUUGGAAGACAAUCCUUGUAA